ACAUUUGGAUCUUCAAAUUUUCCACUGUGUACUUUUUUUCCUGGAGAAAACCUUGGACUAGAGAUAAGACCAACACCAAGAACAUAUUUCUAGCAGCUCCCAAGUCAAGUCAACCAGUCUGGGUUUGAGGUUGAAUCAAGACCAUGAAGUGCCUGCUACUUCUCGCCUUUAUUGGGGUGGCUGUUGCCUUCCCCACCUUUGCUGAAGAUGACGAUGACAAGAUUGUGGGAGGCUACACCUGUGGAAAGAACUCUGUGCCCUAUCAAGUGUCCCUGAAUUCUGGAUAUCACUUCUGUGGAGGUUCCCUCAUCAGCAGCCAGUGGGUCGUGUCAGCUGCUCACUGCUACAAAUAUCGCAUCCAAGUGCAGCUCGGGAAACACAACCUGGAGGCCACCGAAUCCACGCAGCAGCUGAUCAACUCUGCUAAAGUCAUCCGCCACUCUGGCUACAGCCCCUACACCCUGGACAACGACAUCAUGCUCAUCAAGCUGGCCACCCCAGCCACGCUCAACAAAGCUGUCCAAACCAUUCCUCUGCCUACCAGCUGCGUGGCCACCGGCACCACCUGCCUGAUCUCCGGCUGGGGCAACACCCUCAGCAGUGGCUGUGAGUACUCUGGGGGAACGUACAGACCCUUGGGGCCCAGGUGCUCUGAUGCCUACCCUGGGCAAAUUACCGACAACAUGAUGUGUGUAGGAUUCCUGGAGGGAGGAAAAGACUCCUGCCAGGGAGAUUCCGGCGGUCCUGUGGUCUGCAACGGAGAGCUCCAGGGCAUUGUCUCCUGGGGUUUAGGAUGUGCCCAGGAGGGCUACCCCGGAGUUUACACCAAGGUUUGCAACUACGUCUCCUGGAUCCAGUCCACCAUUGCCUCCCACUGAGAUGCUUGUUUAGUUUGAUGUGUAUUUUCUCAUCAUCAUUUCUGUUCUUUUG